GUCGGUCGCGUUUUUGCUUUCGAAACAUCCGAAAGAGGAGAGAGACCGCAAGGCCGGCCGGUUGGUUCGGAGGGCGGAGAAAAAGGGAAAGAAUUGAUGUUUGAAGCGUUCGGCGAUGAAUGGUACCGCGCAGCCGGCGCUGGGCAAGGAAGAGCACGUGCUCAAACUGGGCGAGAGCUUCGAGAAACGGCCCAAGAGCUCGUUCCACACCAUCCGCUAUGACUUUAAACCAGCAUCCAUUGACACCUCUUGUGAGGGUGAGCUACAGGUUGGCAAAGGGGACCAGGUCACCAUAACUUUACCACACAUCCCAGGGUCUACUCCACCAAUGACUGUCUUCAAAGGUAAUAAAAGACCAUAUCAGAAGGACUGUGUACUUAUUAUUAACCAUGAUACUGGGGAGUUUGUGCUUGAAAAGCUCAGUAGCAGUAUACAGGUGAAGAAAACCAGAGCUGAAGGGAGCAGUAAAAUCCAGGCUCAACUGGAAUCACAGGCAGUGCGAAGAUCUCAACCUUCCUCUCAGUUUAGAGCACCAAAUAAGCCAUGUCCUGGACCAAAGACAUCUCCAACAAAGGACAACCCGUCACCUGAACCACAACUUGAUGACAUAAAAAGAGAAUUGAGAGCAGAAGUUGAUAUUAUUGAACAGAUGAGCAGCAGCAGUAGUUCUUCAGAUUCAGGAAGUUCCUCUGGCAGUGACGACAGUUCCAGCAGUGAUGUGGAAAAUGAAGCUCACCCCUCCUCGACACCACCGCAGAUGCAACCUCAACAGCAACCUCCCUCCCAAUCCCAAACCCAGCCCCAACAGCAACCACAACAGCCAUACCAGCAGUACAGUAACAGAAAUGCUGCUACAAAUGGCACCAGCAGACCAGGAAGCAAUCAACUUAUGAGCACCCUGAGAAAUGACUUACAAUUGAGUGAAUCUGGAAGCGACAGUGAUGAUUGAAGUUUAAGAAAAUGGACCACUACCUCCACAAUGACCUACCACAGAGAUGACAUCGCUGUAGAAAUUUGCUGAACCAUUAGCUAGAUUAGUUAUUUUUCUGUAAAAAUGCGUGUCCUUUCUGCAAUUUUAAUAUCAGAUGUGAGUGUUGGGUAAUUAAUGUACUGCUUUUAAACUUAAAUAUAUAUUUAGCUGGGGUUUUCUAAGUUAAGCUAGAACAUUUUGGUUUAUUUAUAUAUUUUGUCAGCUAUUCUAAUUUUUUUCUGAAAACUUAUUGAUCAAAUAUAUUUUCAAUGGAAUAUAUGUCAAGCUUACAUAUUCAGAAUUGAACAGACAGCUAAGUAUAAACAUUUUGAUUAUGUAUAAAGGCAUUGUUUACCUUGCAUAUUACUAUGAAUAACACAAGUUUAUAUAUGUAUCAGAACAGAUAUCACACAUAGCAGAAAACAAACAAUUCUCUCAGAGAGCCAUGUCCUAUAACUACCGAGGUGUUCGUAAAGUGACUGAUAUUAAGUUGGUAGUUUAUAUUGGUUAUUGAUAUGAAUCUUUAAUGGAUACUAAUUUGAACUCUGUAACUGAAGUCUUUGGUAAGGACUAUAAUUUGCACUGAAGACUUUAUUCAUCAGUAGCAGAAUUGCUCAUUUUUAAAAAAUAAUUGUGCAACAGGUGCUAGGCUGGGUUUUAGUUUCCAAAAAAGCCUUUUGGGCACAGUGAUCCGAACAUAAAACAACAAUGUGAACGAAA